UCUAAAAGAACAUCGGAACACUUCGGCGCUGUUCGGGUAAAUUCGUCACCGCUAUAAAAGCUUGCGGUCGACCUCGUGGAUCAUUUUAUAACCAUGGUGGGCAGGAGGGGCGAUAGGUCGUUGGAGAAGCGAUUUCACUUUGACUUGACAUUUUUUAAACGUUUCCUGAAGUUGUCGAAGAUUCUGUUCCCGUCCUGUUUCCAUGUCGUCACUUUGCUCUUUGCCUUCCUACUGACACUGUCUCUCCUGGAGCAGUAUGUGGUGUUCAACAUUGGUCUGGUGCCAAGCAAAUUUUACAAGGUUCUAGGGGAUAAAGAUCGGUCAGGUUUCAUUAGCCAUUCCGUCACCGCUCUGCUGCUCAUCUUAGCUGAAGCAUUUAUAAAAAGUACACUCACUUAUGCCACAAAUGUCAUGUAUAUCACCUGGAGGAAAGGCUUGUGUUUAUAUUUACAUUCCCAGUACUUCAAGAAUGUCCUGUUCUAUCAGGUCAAUGUCCUGGAGAAAAAGGUUGAUAAUCCAGAUCAACGCAUCACGCAGGAUGUAGAUAAGAUGUGCAGCGCCUUCAGUCAGAUUCUCACGCCCCUGAUUAUCUCCCCUUUCACCAUUGGCUAUUACCUGUACCAGGCAUAUUCCUCGACUGGUUACAUUGGGCCAGUCAGUGUCGUGUGCUUCUUCCUAGUAGCCACUGUAAUCAACAAGUUUUUGAUGUCACCUGUAGUUAAUUACGUUUACAAACAAGAGAGAAUGGAAGGAAAUUUCAGGUUUAAGCACAUGCAAAUGAGGACACACUCAGAGUCUGUGGCAUUCUAUCGCUCCGGUUCAUUGGAGGAAGAAAAGACCAAUCAUAGACUGGAAAAUCUGAUUCAAACUCAGCAUGGACUUAUACGAAGAGAAUAUGCUCUGAAUUUUUUCAUCAAUAUUUGUGACUACGUGGGAAGCAUCCUCAGUUACAUUGCCCUGGCCGUUCCCAUAUUUGCGGGGAGAUAUGACGAUCUAUCACCAUCAAGUCUGUCUGCUUUGAUCAGUAAGAAUGCCUUUGUGUGUAUCUACCUGAUCAGCUGUUUUACAAAGUUGAUUGACAUGGCUGCUGUGGCUACAGACGUGGCAGGUACGGCACAUAGAAUAGCUGAACUGUUGGAGCACAUGAGUUACAUUAGCGCGGAGAGUUCAGCCUCUUACUCAUUCCUGGAGUCCCAAGAACACCCAAACAGGGGAAGACCAGGCCCCGUAGAGGUGUCAUAUUGUGUUAUCAGAUCUUUUCACUGUGUAUUUCUAAAGCUAUUAAUCCUUCUAUCUCACAGUGUUAACUUCUUGUCCUUCUCUACUGAACAUGACUUCCAUGUUGUUUGGUGUGUUUUUCUGCUGAGUCAUCAAGCUUUGUACCUUCCUCCCCAUUUUUCCUCUCUCUUCUCAUCAUUCACCUCAUCUAGACAAAGCCUCAUUGUGAAUGAAGAUGGCCUUCCUCAUGACAGUAACCUUAGUGACCUGACAGGCAACAGGAUGGCAGUUUCCUUGAAAGAUGUCACAUUUGGUGCUCCUAAAUCAAAAGUGAUCUUUUGCAGGGGAUUAUACAUGGAUUUCAAACAGAACACAAAAAUACUAAUCACGGGUGACAGUGGCUGUGGGAAGAGUUCAUUACUGAGAGUGAUAAAUGGCCUCUGGCCUGUCUUAUCAGGAUCAGUGGAAAGGAAAGUUAGCUUAGGACCAAGAGGGCUGUUGAUUUUACCUCAGGUACCAUAUUUCACUGAUGGAUCAUUAAGAGAACAGGUGAUAUAUCCUCUAAAGAUGACCAGCAGUGAAUCAGUUUCAGGGGAUGAUUCAGUUAUACAGGAAAACCUGGCCUUUGUAGGACUGUCUAGUUUGGUGGACAGAGUAGGUGGACUGGAUGUAAAAGUGGACUGGAACUGGUAUGAUGAACUAUCGCCAGGUGAAAUGCAGAGGCUGUCCUUUGUACGAUUGUUUUACCAUAAACCACCGUUCGCAGUGCUUGAUGAGGCUACGAGUCAGAUAAGUCAUAAGGCGGAAGGUGACAUGUACAGGCGAUGCUCAGACCUGGGGAUAUCUGUCCUCAGUGUGGGGCACAGAGAGAGCCUGCAGCGGUACCAUGAUGUAGAGCUUCAUCUAGACCAGGGAGGAACUUGGACUAGCGAGUAUCUCCGAGAAUCAGCCACGUCCGAUGUAGUGUGACAUGUCACCCACCACUGCUCAAACAUCUUCAUCAUUCCACUGUUGUAUCAGGAUGAACGUGUUGCCGUUUGUAAUUCGAGUAGGGGUUGCCUCCCCCUAGUUGAUUAAUGAGGGGGAUGGAAACAGACUGUAGUGCUUUUGUAGAAUAUAAAUGAUGCCGUAAGUUUUAUACAACAUUGUUUUAUUGUAGAAGAGGACAUAAAGACAUGGGAUAUGUUUAUUUUAUGUCAGAAAAAGAAAAAAAACCAAAAAAACAAUGGAUUGUUUCAAUGAAUUUUGUUUUGAAAGUGGAUUUUAAAGCAUUGACCUUGUAAAGUGUUGAGUGACCUCACCUUGUUUCAAACAGUGUGAUGUCGGGUACAGGUAGGUGCUGAUUCUACAUCUACCUGGACCAUUGCCAACAGGUCUAGACACAGAGCAUUUUACGUCCACUUUGAACGUUUAACAUGGUGUAAUUCAAGUAUGUUUUGCACCAUUUUGGUUGACAAAGGUUCUUCUCAUACACGAAGGUGUAAGAUGUUCCAGAGAAAAAGCUUUAAUAUGUUCAUUGCAUUUGUUUUUGUAUGCUACUAUGCAUUUUUACAGAUGUAUACAUAUACAAGUAUUUUUAUUAGUAUUUUGUAGCAGUCACAGG